AUGGGGGUGAAUGAUCUGUGGCCGAUUCUGGAGCCUGUUAAGCAGCAUGCCCAUCUCCAGAGCCUCCAGGGGAAAACCCUCGCAGUUGAUCUGAGUCUCUGGGUGUGUGAAGCGCUCACAGUCAAAAAGAUGAUUGGCACCGUUGUCAAACCCCAUCUCAGGAACUUGUUUUUUCGGAUCUCGUCUCUGACUUUAAUGGGAGUAAAAUUGAUCUUUGUUAUGGAAGGCGACGCUCCCAAGCUGAAAGCGGAUGUGAUGAGCAAAAGGAAUGAAAUGCGUUAUGGGCCCCCCCAAAACCAGGCCCGCAGGCCCAAAAGAUCCUGUUUCAAGGCCGUCUUAAAAGAGUGCCUUGACAUGUUGGAGUGUUUGGGAGUUCCUUGGGUUCAAGCAGCUGGGGAAGCUGAGGCUAUGUGUGCUUACCUCAAUGCCCAAGGCUAUGUGGACGGGUGCCUCACCAAUGAUGGAGAUGCUUUCCUUUAUGGGGCGCAGACUGUUUAUCGAAACUUCACUAUGAAUACAAAGGACCCCCACGUGGAUUGCUAUACGAUGUCCUCAAUUAAGAAGAAGCUGGGCUUGGAUCGGGACUCCCUGAUCGGCCUGGCCGUGCUGCUGGGCUGUGACUACCUUCCAAAGGGUGUCCCUGGUGUUGGAAAGGAGCAGGCAUUAAAGCUCAUACGUGCUUUGAAAGGGCAGAGUUUGCUGCAAAGGUUUGAUCAGUGGAAGGAGGAGUCCAACAGCCUUGACCCACCACCAGUCGCAGUUAAAAAGCCAGCACAUUGCUCCGUGUGUGCCCAUCCAGGCUCCCCCAAGGACCAUGAGCGUAACGGGUGCAGACUGUGUGAAAGUGAGAGAUACUGUGAACCCCACGAUUAUGAGUACCGCUGCCAUUGUGAGUGGCAUCACAUGGAGCACAGAAGACAGCAAGGCUCAGUCGAGGACGGCGUCAAGAAGAGAGCUUGCAGUUGUGAAGGAUUCCCGUUCCACGAGGUUAUUCAAGAAUUCCAGUUGAACAAGGAUAGAUUGAUGAAGAAAAUCCACUGCCAGAGACCUGACUUACAGUCUUUUCAGAUGUUUGCUUUGGAGAAGAUGGAGUGGCCCAGGCACUACGCAUGCGAGAAGUUAAUGGUGCUUUUGACACAUCAUGACAUGAUGGAGAGGAAGUCUGGCCGGGUGGGUCCUGGCCAGCUGCGGCCAGUGCGGAUAACCCACACCCGCAUCAGGAACGGCAUCCCCUGUUUUGAGGUCCAGUGGCAAAAACCAGAGCACUACGUGAUAGCUGCUGAAGCUGUCCCUGGCACCGAUGUCCAGCCAGGGCCACUUGCUGUGCUCACAGUGGAGGAAGCCUCCUUAUUCGAAGCUGCCUACCCCAAUGUGGUCGCCCAGUACCAAGAGCAAGUGCUAGAAAGCCGGGUGAAGAAGCCCAAAAGUAAGAAAAAUAAGCCCAAGAGAGGUGAUUUGCCAGAAUUGGAGGAGGUGGCAGGUCUUCUGUCGCAGGUGAAACUCUCCCAUGAAAUGGUACCAGGGCAGAAUUUAAAGUCAAACCUGAAAAUUCCUCCUGAUGAAAAAUGGCAGCAGAAAACCACCCCAGCAGUGGACAGCUGGCUUUUCGUGGGGGCUCCCUUGAAUUCCAAGGCCCGGCAGCCCCCCGCCCCUUCCCCUCUGAGACUCAGGACCGCGCAGCAUGAUGCUGCUGGUGAUUGUUCAUCGUCUGUGUCCGAGCAUCAAGACAACAGCUCAGUGAUCGAGGCCCUUCAGCUGAGCUCCAUUGACUGGGAGGGCACUUCCUUCAGCGCUUCACCAGGUACACAGGCACCUACAACUUCUGCCCACCUCUCAGACCCUGGAGGGGACCCUGGGCAACUCCUUCUUGCAACAAUAUCUGGUGCUGGAAGUAUCCAUGACAUACGUGGCCAGGACCCCUGGAAUUCUGGCCCUGCCAGAGGGCAUUCAGCUCUCGAUUUGAACCUUCUGCCUCUAAAGGAGCGAGUGUGUGCCCGGGCCUGGGAGCAAUCCCAGUACUCCUCCCCUCUGGAUGGGUGUCCUACCCACUGGAUAGGAUUGGAAGCUUCAUCACUGCCCAGGACAGAAGGGAACCUUGCUGCUAAAAGCAGGUCCUCUUGUGAGCCCCAGCAAAUUGAUCAUCAUCCACCAGGUAGGCUCCCAGUGUUUGGUUUGCAAAAUGGCCAGGAAAAAUCUGACAUGGCACCCAGGAAAGCGCCGUUCCUUGAGGAGAAGCCCAGAGUGAACACUUGUGUGCCCCACAUCCCCAGGAAAACAGCAGAGAGGCAUGUGGGCCAGGAGCACACCCAAGUUCAUCCUGAGUCUCAAACUGCUCUGAAGAGAGUCCCCAAAAAGAGUGUUUGCCUCCCCUGCAGCUCCUCUAAUGAGGAGAAUGAGCCAGCUGGCAGGAAUGAGAAGUGUCCGUGUCCAAAAGGGAAGCUGUGGCCUCAGCAGCGCCACCCCACCUGUCUCCUGACCAAUGUCCCCAAGCCAGCUCCCAGAGAGGCUUGUCAAGGGGCCGGGGCUCCCCGGCCAGCCAAGAUCACAGAAAGCUCUCCACGACCAGCACUGAGCCCUUUUCCACUCCCUCAUGGAGAAGAGAAAGAUGCCAGUCUUGUUUUGGAGAGCCCCCUUCCUUUGGCUCAGAGGUUGAAGCUGAAAUUCCAGAGCAGUUGACAAAGCGAUCCUACGGGUACAUUGUGUUUUGUCUUUUCUUGGAGCUAAUGUCUGCUAACCUGAGCCCAGGCUGAAGGUGUCAGAACUUGAGAGAGGCCAGAGCAAAGACAUGGCCACUCAGAUGUGGUGUGGGCACUGCGUGGGUGGCUUCUGUAUAGUGAAAAUAUCUUUACAUGACAUUAUCAAGAUGCACUUGGGGAAGAUGAUGUGUUCAGAAUGAGUCUAAAUUAAACUGUGGGGCAAGGUGGGAGGGAGGGAGAGACUCAAGAAUGUAGCCUGACUGUUCCUGUUCCCAAGUUGUGAGAGCAGCAGCCGCCAUCCUGUGGUUUCUGCCCAACCCAGGGAUGGAGGAGGCUAGAGCCAUCCUGGAGCUGUCCUGGAGCCUAGGCACUAUGCAACCCCAGGACUCUCCCUUUCAUUGGGAACCAAGAGCAGCAGGUGUACAACACGGGCUGUGAAUCCUCCCGUUGAUUCUCUGGUCACCAUCUGACAAAGGACCAAGCCAGGAGCCUCGGAGCUUUCCAGCAGUUUCACCGGGAGCCAGACUCACCUUUCCCUAACUACAUCCUGCAUGGAAUUUCCUUUUGUACGUGAAGGUAAUUAAACUACAUUUUAAACAUUUUGCUAAUUCAUGCUUCUGACUAAUUCAGGUCCCACCCCCCACCCUCCACAUGUAUAUGUAAAAAUAGAUGAUGCGACUGAGCACGUCUGACCUAUAUUAAGUUGCUCACUCUGUCAAUGAGUGGGGAGCUGAGAGAGCGAGAGAGAAAAUUGGGAUCUCAAAAUUCUAAAAAAAUUAAUGAUAAAAAUGGUCUUUACGUGUA